GAAGUUUGAAACUUCUCAAUACAUCACUGGACCAGAACAAUAAACAUAUCAGAAGAAUUCGAGGAUGACUACAGAGAUCAUGAACAACUUCACUGGUGGUUUGACCCUGAAAGGAUGCUCUCUGGUCCAGUACUAGCGCACCUCCUGCUCUGGGCCACGCUGUACGCCGCUCCCUCUCUCGGUCAGGCCUGCCUGUGCACAGCCCUCCAGCCUGCGGGUUUGCGAGUCAACUGCACCUCUUCUGACCUCCGGGCGCUGCCUCCUCUGCCAUUAGACACCACAGAGCUCCUUGUGCCGGACAGUGGCCUCACCACCAUCCCCUCAGGCCUGUUUGAUAAAGCGCAGAGACUUCAACGUGUCUCUCUCGCGGGCAAUCCUUACCACUGUGACUGCGGCAUUGAGUACGUAAGGAACUGGCUUUUGAGGAACAGGGCCGCAGUCUCUCGGGAGCCAACGUGCUUCAGUCCCAGCUCAGUGGCUCAGAAAGCUAUCACAGAACUCACUGAUGACUACUUUAUCCACUGUGCCCCGAGAGGCUGCGGUAGUAUCACCUCUGCUGUUGUGAUGGGAGUAAUGCUCUGCGGCCUCAUCGUUCUGCUCCUGUGGAGCCUGAAACUCGCCAAAAACUGCAGCUUCACCCUCAGCAUUGAGGAAAAGCACUCGCAACUCAAGGCUGACUCUUUGCAUGCGCUGAGAGUGAGACACAGGAGGAGGCAGUCACCUGACAAUGAGCAUUGUCAGCUACUCACGGAGGAUCUGGAAAGGCACCCUGUCAACAUGGAGUUACUGCCGCAAGUGCUUGAUGUGUUGCAAAAGAAACACAAUAUUAAGAUUAAGGCUAUCUGAGGCACCUGUUUGAACACAAUUCAUGCAAACACUACAAAAGGCCGAGUCUUCGAAAUAGAAGACUCUCUUCUAUAACAAUAAAGUUGGAUUGUAAAUUUAA